AUGAGUGAUGAGAACGAAGAUGCGAUAUCAAAGGAGAAUGAUGAACGAAUCAAGAGUAUGACUUCGGACGAAAUCCUGAGUGCACAACGUGAAAUCGUUGAACGAUUCGAUCCAAAAUUAAUCGAGUUUUUGCGAACACGGUCACGAAAGAAGGCGUCAAAAGCACCGGCGACUGAGGAGAAUCGUAAAGGUAUGGUUCGUACGCAAUCUCGCUUCAAACAAAUUCGUGAGAUGGGAAGUAAAAAUUAUGAGACGAGCGGACUUGAAAACGAACAGGACAGUGCAACUGAUAAUGUGGUAAUAAAGGAAAAAUUGGACAGUCUUGAGGUGUUUCCGGCGGUAACGAAUCAGGUCAACACGAAACGAAUCGAUGAUGAUAACACCACUCCGUAUACUCGUUUGGCUGUUGAGGCUGUACAAUUGGAUUUUGCUACAAAAUGUUUACGAACUAUAAUACCUCGUCAGCAGCAGAAUAUCGUUAGGUUGUUCGACAGUUUUACAAAACCACUGGAGUUAGUUUCCUCUUCUUUUUUACCUAUCCAUUUUUGUUUAUGGUGA